AUGAGACAGUCACUCAUGUCUGUUAUGUUCGCCGCAGCACUCUUAUUCAAGUGCUAUGCACUUUCAGGGGCAUUACCCAUGGCCAAGACUGAGGAAGGCUCCUUGGUGCAGGAUACGUUUUCCUCGCUGCUGAGUGACGAGGUGACAGAGAACAGCCUCAGAGAUGCAGAUCUGAGCUCUACGGGGAACACCAGAGGGCAAAGGGUAAUUGUUGUCGCCGAUCCGAGCCUGUGGAGGGACUUGCGGGUGCUGCACAAUGGACUUUCCCUCUACAAGCGGACAGCAGACUACAAUAGCCAGGCCAUCGAGCACGGAGACGCCGGCCAAGACCUGAGCAUCCCCAUCCUGAGGCGGGACAACAUGCGGUGCAUGGUGGGACGGGUGUACCGGCCAUGCUGGGAAGUCUAG